AUGGUAAGUUAUGCCCUUAUUGGACACAUUCUGCCUAUUGCUAAUGAUGCCCCUGGUGUCUAUUGCGCGACCGUACUAUCCAGACAAAAUAUUUUACUAGAAAGCGGAGUCAGUUUUGUUGGAGGUGAGCCAGUUGCAAGCCACGAAGAAGAUGAUGAAGUUUUGGAGACACUUGAAGAAACGGAGGAGGGUAACAGCACAGCAUCACAUCCUAAUUAUGAUUACAACACCAAUUAUGGACCAAAAUUUACUCUUAUUGACAAAUUGGGCACUUUGACACUGCCGCGUCGCCUGAUAGAUGAUAUGGAUGGAGAAGUAGAUAAUUAUGAAGAGUAUGAUAGAGAUUCAGAAAAAGAAUUGAAGGUGGAUUCCUCCCUCGGUCAGGAGAACCUGUUUUGUAUAAAAAAUCAAAUUUUGUCCAAUGACACUUAUGGAGAGCCUAUUCUUUCAAUUCGAAUGCCACAAAAGAAGUCUAAACGAAGAAAAAGGUUUGGCUUCAGAGAGGUAGGAGACGAUGAAGAUUGGAACCUUUAUUGGACAGAUCUCUCAGUUACCAUUGAGCGGGUGGUCUCUAUGAAGAAAUGGCAGAAAAUCAACCACUUCCCAGGAAUGUCGGAAAUCUGUAGAAAGGACGCUCUUGCUCGUAAUCUUAAUCGCAUGCUGAAACUGUUCCCCAAGGAGUACAGUAUUUUUCCCAAAACGUGGAUUCUGCCUGCCGAUUGGGGUGAUCUGCAACAAUACGCGCGACAGAAGAAAAACCGCACGUACAUUUUGAAGCCGGAUACAGGCUGCCAGGGCAAAGGAAUUUGGAUCACAAAGACCCCGCGUGAGAUCAAGGCGACAGAAAAUCUCAUUUGCCAGACGUACAUCAGUCGACCCUUUUUAAUAGACGGUUUCAAGUUUGAUCUACGGCUCUACGUCCUGGUUACGUCGAUAGUGCCGCUGAGAGUGUUCAUGUUCAAGGACGGCUUGGCGCGCUUCACUACGCAGCCUUAUCGGGAGCCCACAGCGGCAAACGUGGGAAAUGUCUUCAUGCACCUCACUAACUACGCCAUCCAAAAACACUCAAAUAACUUUGUUCGUGAGGAUGAAGAGGCCGGUACCAAGCGGCGCAUCACCACCGUCAACUGCUGGCUCAUUGAGCACGGCUACGACGUGGAUAAGAUCUGGCAUGACAUUGACGAUGUGAUCCUCAAGGUGCUGAUGUCAGGCUUACCCGUGCUAAGGCACAACUACAGGACCUGCUUUCCCAACCAUAUUGAGACAUCCGCAUGCUUUGAAAUCCUCGGUUUUGACAUCAUGCUUGAUCGAAAAAUGCGACCUUACGUCAUUGAGGUGAAUCAUUCACCUAGCUUCCAUACGGACAGUCAGUUGGACAAAGAGAUUAAGGAGGCUCUCAUCUGGGACACCCUGAAGCUGGCUAAUUUCGACGCAGUGGACAGGAAGAAAUGCAUCGAGGAGGACAAACGCCGCAUUAGACAGCGUCUUUUGAGACGAAACUUCGGAAAAGCCUCCCGAGAAGAUAUGAAUGCGGAGAUGGAGAGGUGGGCUGCAAAGGCUCUAGAGUACGAGAACGAGCACUUGGGGAACUUUCGUCGAAUCUAUCCCUGCAGAAAUAAUGAACAUUAUGAAAAGUACAUCAGCAGUACCACCACUCUCUUCACCGAGACUGCCACCUUCAAGGCACGCAUGCAGCACUCCAGACAAUUGCGCGAGGAGAUUCGCGAGCGGAGGGACAGAUUGGAAUCGAUUUUUCGGCCCCGGCAAAACCGUUUGCGCCCUGAGAGUCCGGGGCGAACACCGGCAGUGGGGAGUGUGCGUCGACGCCCCUCAAAAAGCCGCGGGGGAACGUCAGGAGGUAUGGGGCGGACGCAGGGGGACUUUGUGGGACCGUCCCCACGUGGCGAGUCGAGGAGCGUGGUUUCGCCGCAGCAUCUGCAACCAAUGCCGCCACCGCCGCUCAACUCCCUCGAGGCCACGCGCAUCGACGAGGCGGAGGAGCACGAGCGUUGUUUAGCCAUGGAGAAGCGCGCUGUGUUGCUUCGCAGCCUUGGAGUGGUAGACGCCGUCUAUAGACUGCUCUCCGGAAGUCCCGGUGUCGAGCCCUCCAGUGGACUGCCUAAAAAGAUGAUUAUCGCAGAUCGUGAAAGGACGCGCCAACAGGCAUUGGCUAGACCCAUCGAGAUUGUACUUCCUCAAUUUCCAAACACCUCAACGAGUAAUGUGCAGUCCUCACGGGAACCUCGGAAGCUUGGACUGCACCUGAGACCACGGCAAUCGAACAACUCGCGCUCUUGCGUCCCGAGCAAACCGGGGCGUCGCACCAUUCCCAUCAGUCUGAACGAGCUUGUGAUGUCGCGUAACCUCCCACUUCUGGGCAGAGGCUGCGUGCACCCGAGGGUGAAGCGUGAGUGUCUCGUGAAUGUGCAGGGUAGAGCGGAGGCCCAUCUUGACACCCUACCUCCAGGGGUGGCGCUCUCCUCUCUCGGCCUACACCUCCGCGAUGUGUCACUGACACCACCUCAACUGCCAUCGCAACCGCAGCCGUCGCUCUCUGUACUAUCUGGGGGCUCAGCGGUGACAGCUCGAGUACAUAACUCUACUCGCUGCGAGGCCUUACGCUUCGGCGUCGCACGCUCCUCUACCACAUCCGCUGCUGCCUCCCUUGCCCUCACGCAGUGGACCAAACCAUCCCGACCUAAAGCGCUCAUCCUCUACGGCACCACACAGUCCCCCCACCAACAGACAUUUCUCGCUGCCAACGGUCGAAACUCACCUGUGUUCGAAGAAGGUCUCUGCUUGAAUGGAGGUGAGCCGCAGUGUCCAGUUAAUGUGAAGAACUCCCUCGAAGGCACGAACAGCAGUUGCGAAAGUAGAGACCAUCUACUUUUCAGCCUGCUUACUUCGCCUCCUCCCCCUCUGCUUCCUCCUCAGUUGCUUCCACUUUCGAACACUCCCGUCCCUCACUUCUUCCUCUUCUUUUACUCAGUGAUUUUCAAAUCUCUCUCACCAAAGACACCAGCGUCAGUAAAAUUAGAUGACGACUGCUUGCCGCUUAUUAUUAUUAAGUACUCACACUGGCCGCUGCAUUCUCAUACUUUCACUCAGCGCCUUACAGAGGCGACGUGUGGAUUUUUCAAUCACCAACGUUUGGUUUGA